GGUCCAUGAGCCUCAUGCGUCGGCGAUACUGAGUCGUCGUAGUAAUGGACACAGCCUGAAUGGAUGAGGCUGACGAGGCCUGGCCAGUGGUCACCGACUGUCUGUCGGCCAAAGCCGACUUUGGGCAGCAGAGCAUGCAAUACAAAUACAAGUAACAAGACCAGUCUGCUGCUGCAAAUCACGACAGCACACCAGACAACUUUGAUCAUCAACUCCAAGGAAACAACUACUCACUCAACAUACAUACCAAAUCUCCCACCAUGCAGCUCACCUCCCUCACUUUGGCUGCCAUCAGUCUCGCUGGCGUGGCCGUCGCUCACCCGGGCCACGAUCUGAGCGAGGAAAUCGCAGAGCGCCGCGCCUUUGUCAACUCUGUCGAGAAGAGAUCUCUUGACCAUUGCGCUGAGAAGAUCAAGGCUCGCGGACUCGAGGCCAGAAACCUUGCUCGCAGGUCUGCUGCUGUCAAGAAUGCCCGUGCUGCAAAGGGACUGCACAAGCGCGACAACGACACCUGGGAGGAGUCGCACAACUCCACCUGCUCCGGCUACUCGGAGUACACGCCCAUCCCCGAACUGUUCGCGGGCAAUGCCUCUUGCGUGCUGACCCCAGAGGUCACUCAGGGGCCUUACUAUGUUGGUGGAGAGUAUGUCCGAGAGAACGUUGCCGAGGACCAGGAUGGUGUCGAAAUCCAUCUCGACUACCAAGUCAUCGACGUCGAGACUUGCGAGCCGGUCCCCCAUGUGUACGUCGAAAUGUGGCACUGCAACUCGACUGGUGUCUACUCGGGUGUUGUCGCUAACGGCAACGGCGACUCCUCGGACGAGUCCAACCUCGACAACACUUUCCUCCGUGGCAUCCAGCCUACCGAUCGCGACGGCGUCGCCCAGUUUAUUUCUACUUUCCCUGGCCACUACACCGGUCGCGCAACGCACAUCCAUGUCAUGGUACACACCAACGCGACGCUGCUGGCGAACCACACCCUCGGUAACGAAGUCUACGCCAGCCAUGUUGGACAGGCGUUCUUCGACCAGGAUCUGAUCACCGAGGUGGAGAAGGUAGAGCCUUACGCAAGCAACACGCAGGAUAUCACUCUCAAUGCCGACGACAGCAUCCUGCUCCAGGAAACAGCCGACGUGGACCCUGUCAUGAGCUACGUCUAUCUUGGCGACAGUGUCGAGGAGGGCUUUUUCGCCUGGCUCGCUUUUGGUAUCAACACCACCUACUCCGGCGAGGUGACACCUGCUGCCUUCCUCUACGAAUCUGGCGGCGUAGAGAACAGUGAUUCGGGUGUCGGAGGACCAGGUCGCGGCGCUCCUGGCGGUGUCCCCAGCGGUGUCCCCAGCGGCGUCCCCAGCGGCGUACCCAGCGAGAGCACCCCGACUGUCUAGAGCUGAACUCGCCUGGUUCAGCAAGUCCAAGUGGAAUAACCCUCGGCCGUGGCCUGAGAGGGAGCUGCUUGUUCUCAACAUACAUGUACUGAACAUGGUGGGUUAAGACGGAUGGUAUAAGUAGUUAGGGGAAGAGAAUUGCUAGAUUCAAUGGCUUAGCCGCCAGCGAAUCUUGCCAUUGGAUAGCACUGAAAUACAAUGAUGCAUUGGCACAAACGAUACGCCC